CCUGCACUACACACUUGAGCGCCGCUGCGCACGGCUGAGCCGCUCGUCUCCAGGAACAACUCUUUUGUUUGUCGCCUCCUUCACUGGAAAAUACAGAAUCUGUUGAUGCGAUUUAGAGAUCACUUUAAGUUAAAGCGGCUGCGUCAAGUUAAUUUAAAUCCAAGCUUUGUUUGGCUCUGGGAUAAUCGCGCAGGAUCUGCUGCGGAUACACUGAUACUCCUGCCCGCGGACACAGGAGCUCCAACAAUCUGGGGAUGGUAUUAAACGGUCACCAGCUGUAGCACACUGUUCUCUGGACCUCACUGGAAGCUCCUGGACUCUCCUUCUCCUCUGUUAACAAACAGAGGGACAAUGUUGUGGGACAAACUGUGCUGGCUGCUGGCCCUGCUGGCCUUAUCGUCUGGGGGGCUGCCCCCUUCCAACGAGCCGAUGUCCGCUCCCAGAAUCUUCCUGUCCUUCAAAGAGUUAAAGUCGACCGGCACCGCUCACCACUUCUCCUUUCUGCUGAACUCCACCGACUAUCGGAUCCUCCGCAUGGACGAGGACCACGACCGCAUGUAUGUGGGCAGCAAAGAUUACAUCCUCUCUCUGGAUCUGCACGACAUCAACAAGGAGCCGCUCAUAAUCCACUGGCCUGUCGCCCCACAGAGGAAGACUGAAUGUGUCUUGUCGGGGAAAGACACCAAUGGGGAAUGCGGAAACUUCAUCCGUCUGAUUGAGCCGUGGAACCGGACCCACCUGUAUGUGUGUGGAACAGGCGCCUACAACCCCAUCUGCACCUACGUGGACCGAGGACGGAGGUCACAGGGGUUCCACUACCUACAGGCCCCCCAGUCAGGAGGGAGAACAAGUCGGGCAGCAGACUACAGCACUACAUCAGAGCCUUUGGAGGCCAAGGAAUACAUUUUCCGUCUUGAACCCGGCAAAGUGGAUUCUGGGAAAGGAAAAUGUCCUUAUGACCCCAAACUUAACAGCGUCUCCGCUUUGAUCAACGGAGAGCUGUACGCCGGAGUCUACAUCGAUUUCAUGGGAACAGACUCUGCUAUCUUCCGUACUCUGGGGAAGCAGACAGCCAUGAGGACUGAUCAGUACAACUCCAGAUGGUUAAACGAUCCCACAUUUGUCCACGCACACCUCAUCCCAGACAGCGCCGAGAAGAAUGAUGACAAGCUCUACUUCUUCUUCCGCGAGAAAGCCUCUGAGAUGGGCCAGAGUCCCAUGACCCAGUCCAGGAUAGGGCGGAUCUGCCUGAACGACGACGGUGGACACUGCUGUCUGGUCAACAAGUGGAGCACAUUUCUGAAGGCCCGCCUCAUCUGCUCGGUGCCGGGAGCCGACGGCAUCGAGACACACUUUGAUGAACUAAGAGACGUGUACAUCCAGCCCACUCAAGACACCAAGAACCCUGUCAUCUACGGAGUCUUCUCAGUUUCGGGGUCUGUGUUUAAAGGCUCGGCCGUGUGCGUUUACUCCAUGGCUGACAUCCGCAUGGUCUUCAACGGGCCGUUUGCCCACAAGGAAGGUCCCAACUACCAGUGGGUGGCGUACACUGGGAAGAUCCCCUACCCUCGCCCUGGCACUUGUCCUGGAGGCACUUUCACCCCCAACAUGAAAUCCACAAAGGACUACCCAGAUGAGGUUAUCAACUUCAUGAGAAACCACCCUACCAUGUACAACGCUGUGUACCCGGUGCACAAGCGCCCCCUGGUGGUCAGGACCAACGUCGACUACGAGUUCACCACAAUUGCUGUGGACCAGGUGACGGCUGCUGACGGGAGCUACGAGGUGCUCUUCCUGGGGACAGAUCGAGGGACGGUCCAGAAAGUGAUCGUCCUGCCGAGAGACGAUUUACAAACGGAGGAGCUGGUGUUGGAGGAAGUGGAGGUUUUCAAGGUUCCUACUUCAAUCACGACUAUGAAGAUUUCAUCCAAACGGCAACAACUGUACGUCGGAUCCGUGUUGGGCGUGACCCACCUCGCCCUCCAUCGCUGUGACGUGUACGGGGAGGUCUGUGCCGACUGCUGCCUGGCCCGGGACCCGUACUGCGCCUGGGACGGCAAAUCCUGCUCCAGAUACUCGGCCUCGCAGAAGAGGCGGAGCCGCCGACAGGAUGUGAAGUAUGGAAACCCGAUCCGACAGUGCCGAGGUUAUAACUCUAACACCAAUAAGAACACUCUGGAGAUGGUUCAGUACGGGGUGGAGGGCAGCACGACGUUUUUGGAGUGCCAGGCCAGGUCUCCUCACGUGUCUCUCAAGUGGCACCUGCAGAAGGAAAACAGCGACAGGAGGAAAGAGAUUCGCUCAGAGGGCCGCAUCCUGAAAACAGACCAAGGUCUUCUGAUCCGCUCGCUGCAGUCCUCCGACAGCGGCAUCUACCAGUGCACGUCCACAGAGAAGAACUUCAAGCACACUCUUGUGAAGCUGCAGCUCGUGGUCCUUUCCAGUCGCACAGUCAACAACGUGUUGGUGGAGACAGGCAGCCCCGCCCUCCCUCCUCUUCAGUCCAGCGCCUGGACUCCGAGUGCCGGUCAGUACAAGGACCUGCUGACCAUCCUCAGCCAGCCGGAGAUGGGGCUGAUCAACCAGUACUGCCAGGACUACUGGCAGCUCGGAGACGGCGGCCUCGGGGACAACAAAGCCAAAAGCCUGAAGGAGCUGAAAGAGCAGAAGAAGCCUCGCAACCGCCGGCAUCACGACGAGCAAACAGCUCCGGCCGAGACAUGAGGAGCUGGACACAAACCCUGUCGUAGUGAAACGCCUCCCGUCUACCUUUUCACACAACCCCCUAAACACUGCAACCCCCCCAUUUAGGGAAAUGACUCCAGUCAGAUGAUCGAUAAAAUCUAAUUAUCAUAAAGGACAAUACAGACAGAAAGCAACAGCAUCAAACAGUUUCUAUGGAACUGUUGGGAAAAAAUACACAAUAUUUAUUGUAGGUUGUAAAAAGUAAUUCUUUGUACCUAUCUAGAAAACAUGUUUUUUGUGAAUAGAUAAAUCUGUGCAAAUAUUGUUGUUAUUAUAAUAUUAUUGUUAGUGUUAUUGUUUAUUACGAUGUGUUAUUAUGUUGAGAAUAUCUUUAUGUUUGGUGUUUUUGAGAAACAGCAACGAUAACCCGGGACACUGGGAGCAUCCACACAUGGACCAGGACCCAUGAACACUCAGUACUCCGAUACUGUCUGUGGCGACCAUGUUGGAUCAUUUGACUGCUGGCAGUAUUCAGUGUCUAAGCUGAAAGUGGAGUCAGGAAGUCCCUGACCUCCUCGAACUUCCCGAAACUUCUUCACCAGAACUAUCUACUGUAUAUCGAACAGUAUUUUUAUUUUUUUUUUUAACUGCAAAAUACAAGCUGUUGAUAGACAGACGACAAAAAUGGCAUUUCACAGGACAUGCAAAAGGAUAAGAGAAAUGCCCGCAGACUGUGACAACAAGUCACGGCUACACAUGUGAACGAAAGCCAGGCGAGACGUCUUUCCUCUCGUGACGCGGUCCAGCCUGGCCUCCAGUGAAGAUGUUACACCGCUCGCCCAUAUUCUUCCAAAAUCCGUUGCUGCCAAGUGUUUGUUUUGUUUAUAUGUGAAUAUCACAUCUCAAUGUUGUAUUCUUAACGGACGUGAUCUUUGUGAUAAGCUGUUUUUUGGGGAAAAGGGUCUUUCAACGACACAAAAGCUGAAAACAUAACAUUGCCUUCUCUUUUCUCUCUUUGGAGAUAAGAUAUUCCAGCAGGCAGCUAUAUGUGAGUUUGUGACAGUUUGUGAUAAUAAAAAAAUAAAUAAAAUAUUAGACAAAAGCACCUUCUGUUGCCAAAUUGGUGAUUUGGAUGCAUAGUAAAUACUUCACAUGUAUCUGUGGCAUAGUAUGCAGUGUAUUCAUAUAAAGCAAAGCAUGCAGUUUGUAUGCUCAGAUAUUUUUCUUUUUGCUCUCAAUGAAUCCAAAGUUUGCAUUCCUGCCAUUUUCAUGCUAAGGGGUGGGAUCGGUAUAGUCGAGUGUACUGAUCCUCAUGUUCUGGUGCUGUAACUACUGCAUCAGCCGCAGGUCUUUCUCAGCCACCCUGCCAUCAUAAUGUGCCACAGACUUCAUAUAAAACUACGGUUCUGAGCAACUUCAGUAAAACGACGUCACAGGUGCGACCACGAACAAGCUGAUCACCGCGAAACCUGGAGAGAAAACUUUACCAAAAUCUUCAGAAGGUGGCUUUUCAUUGUGCAUGGCAUGUACAGUGUAUGUAUAUGGUAUUUGUUUAAAAUGCUACGUUGCCGUGGAUGUCAGUGAAUGUCUUUCUUGUUGUGGGGAUACGGAAAUACUACCGGUGCAAGACACAUGUGCUCACACCUUUUUACAGUGGGGAAAGGCCCGAAUGGUAUAAUUGUGAUUUUAUUUUUCCUCUUGCUCUCUCUCUCUCUCACUCUGUCUUUCUCUCUCUCCCUCUCUCUGCCUCUUGUUUUUUUUCUUUUUUUUUUUUUUAAAGUAACUCACAAUCUGCAUAUAUUUCAAACAUCUAUUUUCUUCUCUCUGUUUGGCAGACUUUGCUCUGGGUCAUUGAGGUAAAGUAAUGUAUGAUAUGCACAGUUGGUGUUAUUGUAAUGACUUGUAAAAAAAUUACUAUCUUUUCUUCCUCAUCAAUGUUGCUAACUAAUAAAUUAAAGCUCUAUAUUUUAUAAUAA